AUUGUUUUCGUCCCAAAAAUGUUAUUCCACAAUCGGCGGCUUAGGCCUUAGAAACGCAAACCACAGUAGUUGAUAGUACUGAUAGUAGUAAAAUUAAAAAUAAUAUAAAUUGUUUUCUACUCAGCAAUUUUAAUAAUUACGUAACGUUAUGCUAAAGGUUCCUUGUAGUUGCUCGAUUUUCGUUAGUUUGAAGCCAUGUCUAGAGCAACGUUAAUGAAUUUUAGGCGAUUAGCUAAUACGAACGUGUAUUCAAAAAACAGGGAAUGGAAACUUAUCAGUUUUAUGAAUGGCAAAGACAUUUUCUAUUCCACUAAUUGUCUUACAAAAAUAGCAAUAACUCCUAAAUGUCUGUGUUCCAUACAUAUACGAACAUUUAUAAAUAUAUUUAAUCCUGGAGGAAAUGACCAGAAAAAAUUGUAUAGAGAAAAACAAUUGAUUGGUUAUUCUCCAGAGCAAAUGUUUGAUGUCAUUCAAGAUACAAAAAAUUAUAAAAAUUUUUUACCAUUUUGUCGAGAAUCUACAGUCAUAGUUAAAGGAAAGGAUCAUGCUAAAACUUAUUUAAAAAUCGGUUUUCCUCCUAUAAUAGAAAGUUAUGUAUCGCAUAUAACAUUUGAUAGCCCUCGUAUGAUUAAAGCAGAAUGCCGUGAUGGAAAUUUAUUCAAAUAUUUAAUAACUCAAUGGAAUUGUGAUCCUGGAUUAAAAGAUAAUCCAAAUACUUGUGUUAUUACUUUUUUUGUAUCUUAUGAAUUUAAAUCGCAAUUACAUUCAGCAUUAGCCAAUACAUUUUUUAAUGAAUUGGUUAAGCAAAUGGAACAGGCUUUUUUUGUUGAAGCUGGUAAACGAUAUGGUAAACCUUGUAUAAAAGCCCAAAAACUUUAACUGAAAAAUUAAAAUUAAUUGUUGUUUAACAACUCCAAAAGAAGUAACAAAUAAAAAUACUUCCAAGUGAAAUAACUUUGUUAAAAAUGUAGUGUUGAAUCCUGUUUGUAUGAUGAUAUCGUGAAACAAAAUAAAAAUGUAUUUUUUUCUCAAAUGUUGUGUUUACCUUUAGCAUAAUAUUAUGAGCAACAGUAUGUAUUAUAGUUCUGUUAUGUUUUAACUUUUAA